GAACAGGAGACGAAAUGAAUAUAACGAUACAUGAACCAUCCUAAGCUAGAUUACCUUCGACAAUUUGUGAAACCCAAUGACCCAAAGGAGGAAUAUAAGAUACUCGCUCCAAUCGGUAGUGGGACCUACGGAGAUGUCUUCAAGGCGGUUCAUCGUGAGAGGCGGACAUUGGUGGCGGUUAAAGUUAUGAAGAUUGAUCUAAAGGAUGACAUUCGAUCAAUUUGCCAAGAAAUACACACCUUGAGAGAAUGUCGGCAUCCAAAUAUUGUGCAGUUUUACGGUAGUUAUCUUAGGAAUAACAAAUUAUGGAUAUGCAUGGAAUAUUGCGGUGGACAAUCUAUGCAAGAUAUUUAUCUCUAUACCAGGCGUCCCUUAGAAGAAGACUGUAUUGCAUUUGUCUCCAGAGAAACUUUACAAGGUUUGAAUUUUAUGCACAAUCGUGGACGUAUUCAUAGAGAUAUUAAAGGUGCUAAUAUUCUUCUGACAGAUGACGGUCAUGUGAAAGUGGCGGAUUUUGGUGUUGCCGCCCAACUGAAUACUUCAAUUGCCAAACGAACAACUUUAAUUGGAACACCCUACUGGAUGGCGCCUGAGGUAGCUUCAAUUGAAUCUCGUGGCUCGGGUUAUGAUGGAAAGUGUGAUAUUUGGGGUGUUGGGAUUACUGCUAUUGAAUAUGCUGAACUGCAACCUCCAAUGUUUGAUCUAGACCCUAGAAAAGCACUACAAAUUCUGGGUUCGCGAAACUACAAGCCCCCUUCUUUACAAGACCGUCAUAAAUGGUCACCAUUAUUUCAUUCGUUUAUUAAAUGUUGUUUAAUCAAAGCAGAACGACGAAGACCUGAUGCAGCUACAAUGCUUACACAUAACUUUGUUACAAAUCCACACUUGUCUACUUUAUUAACUCAACGUCUGCUGUGCUAUCGGAGACAAUUAGAAUCCUCAGUCAAAAAUACUUAUUCCCAUGGAGACACAGGAAUAUCUUCAUCAAAUAAAAAGAAUCCUCCAUCCGGGGGUAAUUUUAUUCCUCCUGAUAAUCAUGAACCACCAGUAUCCUUUCCUGGUAUGCCUAUUUCAGUUCGACAGGAAGAAUAUUUCAAAUCUCUUCGAGUCAACGAUCUCCCGGUUAGUCACGGAAUUGAUGCUAGUGUUCCUGUGCAUUUUGUCCCAUCACAACAACUCAUUAUUGAACGAGAACCGGAACGAUUCCCAAGUGUACAAAUCCAAAGCAGUUUAUCUUGCUCUGAUUUAGCCGAUCUUAGCUAUAAUAGUGAUUUGCUUAGUGAGGUAAUGGAUGCAUUUGAAAAACGUCGUAGUGGUGUUGAUUUUCGUGCAUCUCAAUCCAUCGAUGGUUUCGAUGUUAGUCGGAUAGAUAAUAAGAUCAAAUUGAAUAAUGAAUCACAAAAUGAUACUUCAAUAAUACAACCGAACAUUCCUCUAGCGCCACGCUCACGUUCGAAACGACGCGCUCCUCCACCACCACCAAUACAGCCAUCAUCUACAGCAUUGAACGUUAUUACAACGAAUAACACUACUUCUACUACUACUAAUAAUAAUAUGUGUUCAUCAUUAGAUCAAAUUAUAAAUUUGUCUACUUUGGAUAUUGGCAGUAAUAUUUCAAAAACCGACAAGUUAUACAUCAAUGGUAUCUCUGCUCCAUCACAUGAAAAUCAUGUUGAAGAGACAUCAAAUGAUAUAACAUUAAAUUAUAAUAUUAAAAUAAUUCGAGAGGAUUCUAUGAGCAAUAAUGAAAAUGAUGAUGAUGAUAAUGGUAAUGAGACUGAAAAAUACAAUAGUUCUGUUAGUAUAAAUCAUAAUGGUCAAUUAUCCUCUUCUAUAAAUGAUAAUGAUAAAACAUUAACACCAGCUCCACCCAGACCUCCACCGCCUAAAUUAAAUAAUAAUCAUACUGGUGUAACUUCUUUGCCAACACCUCUUCGAAAUAGUAAACAAAAUGACGACUCAUCAAAGCAUAUUUCACGUCAACAUCAAUUAGAAAUGGGUAUCGGUCUUCCUCCUACUCCAAAAGUUCAUAUGGGUGCUUGUUUUAUGCAAAUAUUUGAAGGUUGUCCAUUGAAAGUGAACUCAACUGCUACAUGGGUAAAUCCAGAAACUUUAAGUCAAAUUAUUCUGUUUGGCACGAACGAUGGUAUUUAUUAUCUUGAUUUAGUCAAUUUAGCUGAUGGUACAUUAGAGUUGCUUGUUCCAAGACGAUGUCUUUGGUUAUUUGUAUUCAAAGAUACAAUGAUGUCAAUAUCAGGUCAACAUCCUCAAUUAUUUAGUCAUAAUUUAAUUUCAUUGAUGAAAAGUCGAACAUCACAAACACGAUUUCUUCAUAAGCGUUUUCAACCAACUGUCAAAGUUCCAGACACACGGGGUUGUUACAUUGCAACCGUAGUACGUAAUCAAUUCAAAGGGAUGAAAUAUUUAUGUGGUGCUAUUGAUAAAAGUAUCGUUGUUAUGGAAUGGUAUAAUCCAAGAAAUACGUUUAUUGAAGUGAAACGUGUUGAAGUACCAUGUAUGCCUAAUCCAUUGCUUAAUUUCGAUUUAAUAAUUAAUCCAAAUCAAACUUUGCCUACAGUAUGCUUAGGUGUAUCAUCUACCCCAGAUCCACUUGUCUAUAAAUUGCAUCUUGUAAAUUUAAAUGAAAAUUCAAAUUCAUCAUGGUAUACAAAUCCUUGCCGAUUUGAAGAUCAGUUGCAAGUGAUUAAAGUUGUACAGCUUGAUACACGUUCGUUGUUAAUUUGUUUUCCCACACACGCCACAAUGGUGAAUAUGAAUGGACGUGUACUAGUUAGUAGAGAUGGGCGAAUAGCCAAAUUCCCAUUCGAUACAACAGUUGACUCUAUUGGUAAGCUUGAAUAUCAUUGUUUUGUGUAUUUAGUUUUUUUUUCGAUUUCUUCAUAACUGUAAUUUUGUAAAUGAAAACAUAUUUCUUUGAAUGAAUAAUGUGACAUUAUUGGAUCAAGCAAACUAUCACUUUAUUCCACCUUUUUAGAAGUUUUUAUGGUCAAUUUCUCUCGUCCUAAAGAACUGAUCCGGGAAGUCUAAGUAUUCAUGCAUGAAAUAGAUUAGUUGUUAAAGACUUCAUGGAUUUGUAUCAUGUCUUGAUUUCGUCAUCGACAGCAAUUUUUCAUAGUAAACUCACUUUAGCUAACAUCAUAUUUUGGUUUACAUAAUGUGGCAUUUGUACCACGUAACGUAUCCACUCCCACCACUGUGGGUUCAGAAAAUCUAUUAAGUAUGACAACACAGAAUGGAUCGUGCCGUUGUUUGAAAGAUUGAAAUAACCUGUCAGACAGUGAACUCAUUAAGAGGUGAAUCUUUUUGAAAACGCGUUAUGAGUAUGUUCUUAUUUUCAGUUACAUAACUGAUUGAAUUUUUUAUAUAAAGCUAAUGUAGUCUCUAUUUAAGAUAUUAUUAAAACAUACUUCCUAGAGCUCUUCUUAUAGUUAAUGUUUUGAAUAACCUACAACUUUGUAUUGAUAUAGUUCAACAAAUGAAUUAUUUAUUUAGCUCAAAUCCGUCGACAAAAGUAGACAACUAUCACUUUGAAGUGUACUUUCCACUUCAAAUAUAUUCUAUUAUAUUUAAAACCAUAUGUUUAUGACAUUACAUAACAGAAUAUUGACAAUCGGUACCUCAAAGCUUAACGGCGUUACAAUUGAUGAGCUCACAAACGUUUGCUGGUGCAUCUUGUGCUCUAAGCGUAAUCUGUUUUUAUUUUAUAAUUUUGAUGAGUUUGUACAUUUUAGUGUCAAAUCAAACACUCCAAUCUAUUACCAUCCAUAGUUAAGAUAUUUUGACUUAUUAUUUUGAUUCGUAUUUCCCUUUAUUAAAAAUUAAUAAUUAACAUCAUUUACAAAUUAUACUCAAUGUUAUUUUACGCUCUAUUUAUCUUGCUCUAGUUUGUUAUAGACAACUGAACAUUCUUGUUUCAUUGUAAUAUUUAAUUCUUGAUUAUGAACCGUUAAAUAUUCUGAAGGCACUUUUUCACUUAAUCCAUUGGUAUAUUUGAAUUUAUCAUCAUAUCUUGUUUUGUAAUGUGAUCGUAACAGUUUACAAAUUUGUUUAUGAUUUCACAGAAUUAUCCUCAAUUAAGUUGGAUGGGUUAUUAAGAGACUAGUUCAAAUCGAAGAUAGUUUUUUAUUUGUGUCAUGAAUUGAUAUUAACUGGAAAAUGAUUGUAAUCAAUUGUCCAGUGCCCUUAGUAGUAUACAACAUUUCACUUGAUAUCGGUUCGUGAUGAUAACUAAAUUCAACUAAAUAGAUAAUUAUUAAAAACACUGAAUUAAUUCAUAAUUGCAGGCUUAGUUGUAAUAGGCUUUCAAAUGGAUUUUUCUAAAGUUUAAUUAAACGUCAUAAUUAACAGUAAUUUUAAGAAUGAGGCCUUAACUCAUCAAGGACAUCAGAAGAGUAUUAUGCUAUGCUACAGAUUGAUUGAAGUUGUUAAUACGAACUAUUCAAUUCCUAAUUAUUGAUCUAGAUGUAUUGUGUACCCAACACUAUCUGGAAAUGCCCACUUAUAUCUUUCACGUCAGGUUCAUAGUGUGCACUAUUAAUUAGCUCGUCCUAAAUUAAAAUGAUACAGUUAGUUGACCAGCAUUUCCUAGUAGCAGUAGAUGAUGCUCCAUGUGAUAUUAAUUAUCUAUCAAAAUUACCCCAUAAAAUCCCAAAACCACUUCAUAAUUAUUAUGAUAAUGAAUCCAGGUUUUCUGUUACUCUGUGUUUUUUUUAUAGAAUCUUGUAAUGAUGAUUCGUAAACAUAUCAUUUAAUUCAACUGUAUAUACAUUUAGAUAGUAACAUUUCUGUUUAGUAUUUUUGUUGUUAAUCGACGGAGUAAUUCUUGUUCCAUACAUAAAAUUUAGUCUUUUUAUUCUUGAAAAUAUCUAGUCACUGUUUCACAUUCAACAAAAUUAGAGGUUUGAACAAAAUGAAAUUAGUAUUUUCAACUUGAAUUAGAUGUUUACUAGAUAGUUUUAGUUAUUAAAAGAAAAGGGAUAUUUUAAAAGUAUCCUAGUUCCUACUUUUGUUAAGAACUGAUUUCCCUUUAAGAAAACAAAUUAUGUGUGAAUAAAAGACUCAUUUUAUGUGAUUCUCCAAGUUUUAUUUCAAACGCAUAUUUAUUUCAUUUUGUUUAAUAGUUCGAUUGCACGACAGUGUACUCGCUUUUCAUACACAUGGUUUGAGGGGUAUCGAUUUCUUCGGUAGGGUUACACAAGAUAUUGAUGACGAUAAACAUGUAUACCGACUAUUAGGAAGUGACCGGUAAGCCAUUCCUAAUUUUUUGACAUUGAUAAUAUUACUAUCCUAAUAUAUAGAGAGAAAUUCAUUUACUGACAUUUAGGAAGAUUUCAUGAUAAUAGGUAAUCCAGAAACAUUAGUUUUGAUACUGUUUGGGAGAGUUUGAAAACAGUUGUGUAGAUUUUCACCAGUUAUUUCAUUAUUCAUCUUCGCCUUUUUGGUAACUGAGCCAACCAUAUACGAUACGUCUCCUAUGAAUCGAAGCCAGUAACCAUCCCACUGUUUCAUAUUUUAUUUAUUAUCACUUUUUUUCAUAUUGAUUUUGUUUCUAUCCGACUAGGAACAUCGUUGUUGAGAGUAGGCCAAGUGAUAACCCAAUGUCUAAUUCAAACCUCCUUAUUUUGGUUGGACAUGAAGACUCAUCCUGAUUCAUAAUUCUUAGUUUUAUUAUCAUUUCGGGGCAAAAUACGAAUUGUUUGCAUACCUGAAAACUGUUCAAAUAACUCAUUUAUUCUAUCCUCAAUCGAUCACAACAAAAGUAUUGAAUAUAUUAUUUCAUCGAGUUGGAAAUUCCUAUUCUAUUCGUUUUUGUAAUUGACGAUUUAUGAUAUUAUCUUUGUUAUGAAUUCAGAAAACAAUACAUACUCUAUUUCUGUAUGUCUGAAGGAUGGCAAAAGUGUUUUCUGUAACGAACUGUGAACAUUGUUUACUACUUGGUUUUACCAUCAUAUUUUUUUGUUGAAACCUAAUUUAUUUCUUUACCUUUUCAUUUCUUUUUUUAAUAGAAAAUAUUUCUCUUGUUACCUAUUUCUCUGGUCAAUCAUUAUUUUAUGAAAUUUGUACAGUCUUAGUUUUAUUUGUUCAUUUCUGGUCGACAUUAUGCUCGCCCAUGAUCGGAUUUAUCUAACUAAUACGUAUGUUUUCGGAAGCUAAUAACGAACAUUGUUUCUGCAACU